AAGUGAGAAGCACCGAUCCCAAAUUCAACAUAUUUCUAGAAGCUGGAAAAUCCAGGAACUGUGUACUUUUUCUAGUUUUCAUCAACUGUCGAAGCUCUCAAAUCUCUGCUGCCAUGGCGCCGAUCGCACGGUUACUAUUGCUCGUGCUUCUGUCAACUGCACUAACGAUUUCAUCAGGGUCUGGUGAUGGAUACACCAUCAAUGGUCGAGUGAAGAUCCCCCAAGGUCUGGGUACAGCAGGGUUUGCUUUUCCCGGAAAAAUGUCAAAUAUCAAAGUUAUACUCAAUGGUGGUCAAAUUGUUACUUAUCUGAGGCCUGAUGGAUAUUUUUCAUUCCAGAAAAUACCAGCAGGAACUCAUUUGAUUGAAGUAGCUGCAAUCGGCUAUUUCUUCUCCCCUGUUAGAGUUGAUGUUAGUGCUAGAAACCCAGGCAAGGUGCAGGCAGCAUUAACAGAGAACAGGAGGGGUCUCAGCGAAUUGGUUUUAGAGCCAUUGAGAGACGAACAGUAUUACGAGAUCAGGGAACCGUUCUCCAUAAUGAAUGUUGUGAAAAGCCCAAUGGGUCUCAUGGUGGGAUUUAUGCUAGUGGUUGUGUUUUUAAUGCCCAAAUUAGUGGAAAACAUGGAUCCGGAAGAAAUGAAGCGAGCACAAGAAGAAAUGAGAAACCAAGGGGUUCCCUCUUUGGCUAGUUUGUUACCAGGAGGUGGUAGGAAUUAAGUUCUUGAUCAAGAACCGUGAACUCGAAGUUAAUGUUCGGAAAAAUCAAAGGCGGUUCAAAUGUCAACCUGGAUUGGUCUUGUACCCUAACAUACAUCAUUUGGUUGCGGAAAGAAUGGAUGAUACCCUUUGAAUUAUUAGCGGCAUCUCAAAGGUUACGUAGUUUUUUUUUUGGCCAUAGCUGCAGAACUUAAUUCAUUGUUGAUGCUUUGAUAUCAGAAACAAAUAAAAUUUAGGGAAAUUAUUGUUAUGGACAUCAUAGGUUUUUUUUGGCUCGAA